GGGAACCAGAGUCAAGUAGCUCCGCAAAGAGAACAAACAAGAUAAAAGAGACUCAUGGCUUCAACCUUCUCUUCCACUCUCCUUGCCUCCCUCCUCCUCCUCCUUCUCUCGCAGCUCCAGGUGGGACGAUCCGUCGCGCUCCCCCAGUCUGACGUCGACCUGAUCGAGUUCCCACUGAACCUGGAGUACCUGGAGGCUGAGUUCUUCCUCUUUGGCUCCCUGGGCCAUGGGUUGGACCAGGUGGCACCCAACCUCACCAUGGGUGGCCCUCCUCCAGUCGGUGCCAAGAAAGCCAAUCUCGAUCCACUGAUCCGCGACAUCGUCACUCAGUUUGCCUACCAGGAAGUUGGCCACCUCAGGGCAAUCGAGGCAACUGUGAAAGGAUUUCCGAGGCCAUUGCUUGAUUUGAGCUCGAGCAACUUCGCCAAGAUCAUGAAUGCCGCGCUCCAGCGCAACCUGGAGCCACCUUUCGAUGCCUAUGCCAAUGGGAUCAACUUCCUUCUGGCCUCCUAUCUCAUCCCAUACGUCGGACUCACCGGAUAUGUCGGGGAAAACUCCAUGCUCAGCAGUGCUUUGUCCAAGAGGCUCGUAGCUGGCCUGUUGGCCGUGGAGUCAGCACAAGAUGCAGUCAUCCGUUCAUUGCUCUACGAACGAGCUUGGACGAAGGUGGAGCCGUACGACAUCACCAUCGCCGAAUUCACGGAUCGCAUCUCGGAUCUGCGUAACAAAUUGGGCGGCGCCGGGGUGAAAGAUAAAGGCAUAGUCGUCCCUCCGGCGAUGGGCGCAGAAGGGAAGAUCUCAGGCAACGUGAUUGCCGGCAACCACUACUCGCUGGCCUACGAGAGGACCCCCAAGGAGAUACUGAGGAUCGUCUACGGGAAUGGUGAUGAACACACUCCGGGAGGUUUCUUCCCCAAGGGAGCCCAAGGACGUAUCGCCAAGUCUUAUCUAGAAGGCUAGAGCUCAGCAUGGAUCUAGUACUUGCCAGCGUACGUGCUGGUUUUGUUGAGUCAGCUUGCAGAUGUUUCUUCCUUGGAGACAAUAAACGAAAGUUCUCAUGGAGCUUUCUUUGAGUCAGCUUGCAUGUACGUGUUGCUUGAUGAGUGUGCCUCCCUAGUUGAUAUGUUCUUAUUUUAAUCAACCUCGGUUUGGUCAUGUUGGUGGUCAGUACCCACACACAUCAUUUGCACAUUCAAUAUAUAUACCAAGCGUUGAGGGUCA